UGCUAAGGGAUCAGAAGGGCCACCGCGGCUUCCUGCUCCGCUUGGAGGAGCCCUUGGGACUUUGGCGCCUCCGGGAGGGGGUGCGCCCCCACCCUCGCCUGUCCCCCGCCCUUACCAGGCCUGGGUGCGCCCUUGGGCAUCCUUUGGCCAAGCUUCCCUGCAGCCCCGUGCGCCCGGCCACAAGUCCCUGGGUAGACUCCCCCUUAUCUCCUCUGGGACCACCCCUUCCCCGCUCCCAUUUGCGCUCGGCCUCUUUCUCGCCCCCCUCCCCCCAAGCACCUUCCCUUUUUAAAUGGCCAUAAUCAUGUAUUCUGGGGUCACUGUAUUAAUUACGCUUUGAUGAUUUGCCCUUUUUCUACCUUUGCAUGCCCAGAUGCCCAUUUUUCGGGCGAGCAAACAAAGGCCUAGAGAAGCCUGGAUGCACGCGGGAGACCACCAUGACCGGGAGAGCCAGAGUUAAAGCCCGCGGGUCCUGCCGGGGUCAGGAACCCCACCCGCUGGAACCGCCACAGUCUUCCUCCGGGAAUCAUCCUACUGUGAGAGACAGUGAAGCUUCAAUCAGCACCAAUCUGGAAACCGUCAAAGAAGGUGUAUCUGCUGGAGAUUGGAAUGCAUGUACUCUUAUCCAGAGAAGAGGGAAAACCUGGAAUAAUUUUCUGGAACUGGGAAUCCACACCAGGGAGAAGUUGGCCCAUGUCAAAGACUGUAAAACAGGUUCCAGUGGUGCACCGGUGAAACUGGUCACUAACCUCUUUAAUCUAGGUUUGCCCAGAGAAUGGCAUCUCUUCCAGUAUCAUGUGACAUUCAAUCCAGAGUUAGCAUCCAAGCGACUGAGAAUUGCUUUGCUUUACAAUCACAAUAAAUUUCUGAAAAAGACCAAAGUCUUUGAUGGUACCAUGCUUUUUCUCUCAGAAAGCCUAGAAGAAAAGGUCACAAAAUUGUCAAGUGAAACUCAAAAAGGCACUUAUAUAGCAAUCACUAUUACAUUAAUAAGUGAGCUCCCAUCAAGUUCUCCUGUGUGCAUUCAAUUUUUCAAUGUGAUCUUCAAAAAGAUCUUACGAAAGCUGUCUAUGUACCAAAUUGGACGGAACUUCUAUAGCCCUUCAGAUCCAGUGGAAAUUCCUCAACACAAACUGUCCCUGUGGCCUGGAUUUGCCAUUUCUGUCUCACAGUUUGAAAAUAAGCUCAUGUUUACUGCCAAUGUGAUUCACAAAGUCUUACGUAACGAGACAGUUCUUGAAUUCAUGAGUGGUCUCUAUAACAGAAAGGAUAAGUCCCACUUCAUAGAAACCUGUGAAAAGGAGUUGCUAGGAUGUGUUAUUCUCACAAGGUACAAUAAUAGAACUUACCGGAUUGAUGAUAUUGAUUGGUCUGUGAAGCCGACUGAUACUUUUCAGAAACGGGAUGGCACCAAAAUCACCUAUACUGAUUAUUAUAAGCAGCAAUAUGAUAUCAGUUUAACUGACCUAAACCAGCCAAUGCUUGUUAGUCAGUUGAAAAAUAAGCAAAUAGAUAGUGGUGAAGUACGGAUUGCUCAUCUGGUUCCUGAGCUCUGCUUUCUCACAGGUUUGAGCAAAAGAGUGACUUCAGAUUUCCGCUUGAUGAAGGACUUGGCUACAGAAACUCAUCUAAACCCUACUCGCAGGCAACAGAGACUGUCUAGACUUGCUGAUAACAUUCAGAGAAACACAGAGGCUCGUUUUGAACUAGAGACUUGGGGACUUCAGUUUGGAUGUCAGAUGUCUCUGACAGGUCGGGUAGUUCCUUCAGAAAAAUUACUAAUGCAGGACACUACAUGUCAGCCCAUGUGUGCUGCUGAUUGGUCACGGGACAUGCGCAACUGCAAGCUAUUAGAAGCCCGCCCUUUGAAUGACUGGAUAAUUGUGUGUAGCUACAGAAAUGAAGAUGCAGCCCAGUGCCUCUUGAGCUGCUUGAGAAGAGUGAGCAGCCCCAUGGGAUUUCACAUUGAGAAGCCCAAAAUCAUAAAAGUACAAGAAAACACAGCAGCAUUUGUACGGGCUAUACAACAGCAUGUAAAUCCUGAUACACAAUUGGUAAUGUGUGUCCUUCCUUCAACUCAAAAGGACUGCUAUGAUUCAAUUAAAAGGUUUUUGAGCCUGGAUUAUCCAAUCCCAAGCCAGUGUGUUCUAGCUCGAACCCUGAACCGCCAUGGAAUGAUGAUGAGCAUUGCCACGAAGAUUGCCAUGCAGGUGGUCUGCAAGCUUGGAGGAGAGUUGUGGGCAGUAGAGAUACCGCUCAAGUCGCUUAUGGUUGUUGGAAUUGAUGUCAGCAAAGAAACAUGCACCAAGGGAUACUCAGCAGUUGGAUUUGUAGCCAGCAGCAAUUCUAGAAUUACCAGAUGGUUUUCCCGCUGUAUUCUUCAGAACACAAAGACAGAUAUUGCAGAUUGCUUGAAAGUUUGCAUGAAAGGAGCACUUAACAAGUGGUACAGAUAUAAUAAUUGCUUUCCAUCACGCAUCAUUGUGUAUCGCGAUGGUGUUGGGGAUGGUAUGCUCCAGACAAUUGUGGAUUAUGAGGUUCCACAGCUGCUGAGCAGUUUCAGAGAUUCCAAUUCUAAUUACAGUCCCAAAGUGUCAGUGAUUGUGGUGAGGAAAACAUGCAUCCCCAGAUUCUUCACUGAAAUGAACAGAACCCUGCAAAACCCGCCACUGGGUACUGUGAUCGAUUCAGAGGCCACACGUCCUGAAUGGUAUGACUUUUACUUGAUCAGCCAGAGUGCUCAUCAGGGAACUGUUACUCCAACAUAUUAUAAUGUGAUCUAUGAUGAUAAUGGAUUAAAACCAGACCAUAUGCAGCGCCUGACCUACAAGUUAUGUCAUCUCUACUACAACUGGCCUGGUUUAAUUAAGAUCCCAGCACCAUGUCAGUAUGCUCAUAAACUGACCUUUUUGGUGGGACAGAGUAUCCACAGAGAACCCAGUAUGGAGUUAGCUGACUGUCUUUUCUACCUGUGAUGAAAAAACUACAUAGCCCCAUUGGAAGAACAAUUUCAGUUGUGAUUCUUUGUGUGGAUUUCAUCACCCCCAUUCCAUCAAAGUGAUAAGUUCUGUUUAAUUUCUGAAGAGAACCCUAGAGCAGAAAGCUGUCAUAGAAAGUGUCUUUUUUUUUUUAAUUAAUGUUUAAAAACUUUAUUGUGGUAAAGAGUAGUUCAUGCUUCCCAUUACCUGUCAUGGAUGCUGCACAACGUUUUAACAUCUCAGCAUGGAAGUUUAUGGGCAAAAUCUAUGGGCUUUAAUUCCUUAACAUUUAAAGAGGGGUUCUUUUUCAUAUUCUCUUUUUCUAAGUUUUGGUUAAAAUAAUGUUUAGAAAAUAAAAGCUAUUG